UCUAGUAUUAUAUAGAAGUCUGUGGUAACAUUGCACACGUUUUUUUUGCUAACAAAAAGAUUAUGUAAAGUAGCACUUUCAUACACUGCACGUGUGUAUUAAUUAUAACGUACAUGCAUACAAAUGCUGAAAAAUUUCUAUUAUGUUUCUAUUGGCGUUUCAUUUAAUGAAAUUAAAAAUUUUUCCGAAUAUAUCUACUUAUGUCAGAAGUAUCUAUAAACAUCAUGUCAGAAAAUACUUUUGAAGAGGGGAAUAAUCUAUUCAGAGAUUAUAAAAACGAAAACUUCGAUGACAGUGACUUACAGUCACGAUUGUACGCGGAAAUUUAUUAUGAAUCAAACGUCGGGGAUGAACCAAAUACUUCGAAUAUUUCAACGACGAUUCAACUUACUAACAUGGAUGCUGAAUUAAAUUUUGAACCAGAAAAUAUGCAACAACAAUCUGAAGACAAGCAACCAUUAGAAUUUGAAUCUGCUAAUAAGUCUCCAAAAACUAAGAAAAUAUCAAAAGAGCAUUGCAAACAGAAUACUCUAUUACCAAAUGAGAGUUCUGUCAUAGACAAUGAUAUAUCGCGCGUACAAAAUUUAACUGAUACAAUCAAUCCUGCAUCGGUUGAAAUUCAGACUAGCAUAGACAAAUUGUCUGAUCAAGAGAUGAAUCCUAUAAUACAUUAUAAAGAUAAUAUUAAUAAUGACAACCUAGAAAACUCUUCAGUAGAAAAAGAAAAAAGCUUUGCCAAGAAACAUAAAUCUCCUAAUACAAAAAGUAAGCAUCGAGAAAAUUUGCUAAAAGAUCAAACUGCUUUAUCGAAUGACAUGAUACAUUCAAAGUACAAUGUCAUGUCAAAAUCUGCAAAACAAGAGAUUUUCUUAGACAAAUUAAAGAACGAUAAACAAACUUCGGAUAGUUCUGACUCUGAAGAAUCUAUUUUUGAAGUACCAGUUCCACCAAAACCAAAACCACCACUUAUAAAUCUGCAUGAUUCUGAUGAGGAAAACGAUACAAAUUCAAAAAUGGAUGAGUUAAUUUCAAAAAAUGUUAGCUCUAAAAUUACAGGCGAAUCGAGUAAUCAUCAAGGUACAUCUGUUAAAAAUAAAAAUACUAAUAAAUCUCUACAUAAUAAGGAUACAACAGUAAACUCCAGGAAUAACCAUACACGUACGCAAGAAAUUAGAGAAGAUAUUGUUUUGAAUUGCACAAUAGUUCAGAAAGGUGCUAAAAGUAUAUGUGAAAUUAAAAAGUCAUCCAAAAGUGCAAAAUUAAAUAAAAAUCAAAAUGUAUCAAUUGAAGAUAUAAAUCAAAAUUCUACAAAACAGUUGCAAACUACAUCUAAAGAACGUACUGCUAAUUUAGAACAAUUUAUGAUUCCAGAAAUAUAUUCAUAUAAUUACAUUCAUGAAGUGCAACAGAAAAUUAAUAAAAAUAAUAUUAUAUCAACACCUGAUAGAUAUAAUUUAAGAAGUGCAGAAAGAAACAAUAUAUUAGAUGCAACAGCAUCAUGCAGUAGUAAUGAUACAGCAAUAGAUCGGAAGAGACAAAACGAUAGCAGGAUGGAGAAUCCUAAACAAAAACGACAAUGCACUGUUCAGCAAAACUAUCAAUAUGUUAUGCAGCAAAGCAGCAGCGGCGAAAAUAGAAAAAGCGAAUCAAGGAAUGAGUUUUUCAAAACAAUGUCAGAGUCAUUGAGGAAUCAUUACUAUAACUCAUCUCGCAGUCAGGAGAACUUUGAUGUUGACGAAUUACAGCGAAGCAUGUCGAAAGAUCCGCAAAUGUGGAGGAUAAUGGACGCGGAUUUGAUGCCAUGUCCUUCCAGCAGACAUCGCAACAGGUUCUGGUACAACAGAUGCACGCAUUGCCAUCAGGAUGGUCACCAACGUUAUGAUUGUCCAGUGCCACGCAAAACGCCCUGCUGCUAUAUAUGUGGCAACAAAGGUCACAUUGAGUCUCGUUGUCCACAGAAGAUGUGUCUUACAUGCGGUAAGCAGCAGAACACGUUUCGUAAAACUUGCGAAUAUUGUCGUGUCCUGUAUUGUACUAUGUGUAAUUCGAUAGGACAUGAGUCAACGCAGUGUCCCGAUCUCUGGCGACGGUAUCAUCAAACGACCGACAUGAGCGGCCCACCCCAGAAUCCAGGUAACAUAAUGAAACCGCCGGGUUUAUUGCAUUGCUGCAAUUGCACAAAGCGCGGCCACGAGUCGUCCACGUGCAAUGCAUAUCGAUGGUCCCAGCACUUUCAAACUCCGGCAGCGGUCUCAAGUUACACGGACGGACCUAUGUACACGAGUUUCUCAAGUUCUGAUUUUCAAAUAAGUUUGUCAUCCAAGGCAACAAGCAGUAGUUCGAUUCCAGUAGAAGAAUAUUCGAAAUCUUUUAGUAGUGCAGACACGUUAUCAUCAAAUGCAAAAACUAACGAAAUGCCGAUUCCUCAAGGCUCUCUGUGCAAUCUAGAAGGAAACUUGGAAUCUUCUAUAAAUAAGAUACAUCAGCCCGAAGAUAAACAGAAGAAAUAUAGACAAAAUGGAAUAAAUGAAAUAGAGUUUACUACUAUUUUAUUUGCCUGUGGUAAAUUCCAUGACAAAAAUAACAAAGACGCGCAGAUGAUCUCGAGAAAUCUUUCAGUCUUGCGCAAAAAGGAUUUGUCAAGUGAUGGAAGGAAGACUAUAGCAAGUUUCCCAAAGCGCAAAAUUAUUCCACUUUUUCUCAAGACAUUGGUUGAAAAGACAAUAGAAUUUGAAAUAAAAAUAGGCCACACAAGGCAUCAAUAUCAAGAUGUAAUAUUGCAGAUAAUAGCAAUGAAAGGACACAUAGAACUGCUAUGCGAUCUGCUGUUUCACUGGAUCAAUCUUCCAGACAAUGAAAAGGAUUAUGGGGUGGAUGUGACUUUACCCAUGAAUCCUACAAAAAUGUUUAACCUAUUGUCUUCGAGAAUGCCACAGCUAACAAAAAUGAGCUUUACAUGUUACAAUGAUCACAUACAAGGAAUAAAUGAUCCACGAUGGAUUUUUCAAUCAAUAAAAGACCACAAAAAACAAUUGGAAAAGCAUAAUGGUAGUUUCAGGCAAUACUCUCGCUUACGUACAAAGAUGUGGCGUUUACAAGUCAAGCUUCUUAUGAUUUUCAACACUGAGCCCAAACCAAAUCAUUACAUAUCUCAAUUUAAGAAUGCAAUGAAGCAACUCGAAUCUGUGAAACGAGAUCGGAUGAUUGAGAAUCUUGAUGCUGUCAUUUAUCUUCAACUCACUCUGCUUUAUAAUCGUUUAUUUGUGCCUCACACACCCGUCACUCUAUUCAAAAUGCUGGCGCGCAUUGAAAAACACUCGGAAAUGAUGAGAAAAAAUAUGAAUUGUUCGCCGCAGAUAUUGCAGGAAUUGGAAAAUAAUGGAAUAUGUGAACAAGAAAAUCUUGCAUCACACUUUAAUGUAAAUUCUUCGUUAACCGUAACAUUUAGCACUUCGCAAAAUACACACUCUGCUGAAAAUGUUUCUGCGAUUGGUGUUCAGCAGAAUACGAGUGACGAGUUGCUUGUUGAAAGAAGAGACGAUAUUUCGCCUAUAAUUAAUGAUACUGUAGAUCGUAAUGAUAAUGAGAUAAUGAUACUGGAAGAUUCAGUUACGGAAGAUGCUCAGAAUGAUAUAUCAUCAAAUCCUGAGAUAUUUAACUCUGUUGAGCCAAUAUUGAUUCCAACAGAACCAGUAUUGAUUCCAACAGAACCAGUAUUGAUUCCAGAAGACAGAAAUGAUGACCAACCAUUAACAAGUGGUCUAAAUGAAUCAUCUGUGAACAAAUGGAUUCAAAAUAAAUACACAUGUAGAUACAAAAAUUCUAAAAAAGUAGAACAAUGGAAAAAAAAACAAGAGAAAUUGGAAAGAAAAAGAAAUAUUGCAAUUGCAAAUAUGUAUCCAAAUGCCUCAAAACUCAUAAAAGAGGCUCGUGCACUUGAACUACCUCAUAUGAUGAAAGCAGCAAACGAAUUGGAAAGAAAACUUAACAGUCAAACAAUUACGCUAAAACAUGUGGAGUCGAUGAAAAAGAUGAUAAAAUUAGAGAAAAAAUAUCGUCAGACUGUUACCACAUUUUGGAAAGAUUUAAAAACAUAAUUUAUUUGCAAAUAUUGUUACACUUGUUCGAUGCUAUUACAAUAUUGAAUAAAAUUAUUUCUAAAGAGAGAGAGAGAAUGAUAUAAUAUUUGUACAAUUUAAAAUGUGGACGAAAGUAUUGUUUGAGUUAUGGAUAAUAUCAAAUGACCAUCAAUAUGGAUGUGCAUAAUAUAUUAAAAAGAAGUCAUUUGGUAUACAAACAACUUGUAAAAUAUUUUGCAAAUUAUUUAACCACAUUUAUAUAUUCACAUAUAUCUUAUUCUGUCAAUCAUAUAUUCUGAUAAAUAUAAUUAAAGUUUUUGAAACAAAAUGUGUAGUUUUAAUAUUACAGCUAUGUAAUAUUUGCUAUAGUAAGUAUGAAUAACUUGUCUUUUUAUAUUAUUAAAUUUUUGAAUGAAAUAUUAAAUAAUUAUUUCAAUUUU